AUGGAUGCCACUGUGAUUUUACCAAUACUAAAAAAGAAAUUGGCUUUCCUUUCAGGAGGAAAGGAUAGAAGAAGCGGCCUCAUUCUGACAAUCCCACUGUGUUCAGACCAGACAAAUAUGGAUGAGCUGAGUGUUACCCUGGACUACCUACUAAGCAUCCCAAGUGAUAAAUGUAAAGCCCGGGGUUUACGGUAAUUGUGGAUGGAAGGAAAUCACAGUGGAAUGUAGUAAAGACUGUAGUUGUCAUGCUCCAGAAUGUUGUACCAGCUGAAGUGUCUCUAGUUUGUGUUGUUAAGCCGGAUGAGUUCUGGGAUAAGAAAGUGACGCACUUCUGUUUCUGGAAAGAGAAGGACAGACUAGGCUUUGAGGUUAUUCUAGUGUCUGGGAACAAGCUUACCCGAUACAUAGAACCUUCACAGCUCACAGAGGAAUUUGGAGGAAGCCUUACCUAUGACCACAUGGACUGGUUGAAUAAAAGGCUUGUAUUUGAGAAGUUCACAAAAGAAUCAACAUCAUUGCUGGAUGAACUUGCUGUUAUCAACAAUGGGAGCGAUAAGGGAAAUCAGAACGAAAAAGACAGGUCAAUGGAUUUCAAUUAUCUUCCCUCUGUUGAUCCAGAAACUGUUCUACAAACAGGUCACGAGUUGCUUUCUGAACUCCUCCAGCAGCGGCGGUUCAAUGGGUCAGAGGGAGGCGUUUCAUGGUCUCCAAUGGAUGAUGAGCUUUUGGCUCAACCUCAGGUUGUCAAACUUCUCGAUUCCCUGCGAGAGCAAUACACUCGUUACCAGGAGGUGUGCAGGCAGCGCAGUAAGCGCACACAGCUUGAUGAGAUCCAGCAAAAGGUUAUGCAGGUUGUAAACUGGCUGGAAGGACCUGGGUCAGAACAGCUGAGAACCCAGUGGGGAAUUGGAGAUUCCAUAAGAGCAUCUCAAGCCUUACAACAGAAGCACGAGGAGAUUGAGAGUCAGCACAGUGAAUGGUUUGCUGUGUAUGUGGAACUGAACCAGCAGAUUGCCGCACUCCUAAAUGCUGGAGAUGAGGAGGAUCUGGUGGAGCUGAAGGGUUUGCAGCAACGACUCAGUGAUGUCUGUUACAGGCAGGCCAGCCAGCUAGAAUUUCGACAGAACCUUUUACAGACGGCACUAGAAUUUCAUGGUGUGGCCCAAGAGUUGUCACAGCAAUUAGAUGGCCUGCUGGGGAUGCUGUGUGUUGAUGUGGCCCCUACAGAUGGAGCAGCAAUUCAACAAACAUUAAAACUGCUUGAGGAGAAGCUGAAAAGUGUUGAAACUGGUCUUCAAGGCCUACGUGAGAAAGGUCAGAGUCUACUUGAUCAAAUUUCAAAUCAAGCUUCUUGGGCCUAUGGGAAGGAUGUCUCCGGUGAAAACAAGGAAAAUGUAGAUCAUAUUCAGGGAGUAAUGGAGGACAUGCAGAUGAGGAAGCAGAGGUGUGAAGAUAUGGUGGACGUUCGACGGUUAAAAAUGUUACAGAUGGUCCAGCUGUUUAAAUGUGAAGAAGAUGCAGCACAAGCAGUAGACUGGUUAAACGAAUUACUGGAUGCCUUGUUAAAGACCCACGUGAGACUGGGAGACGACAGUCAAGAAACAAAAAUUUUGAUAGAAAAGCACCGAAAAUUUGUGGAUGUAGCCCAGAGUACAUAUGAUUAUGGGCGACAGUUACUGCAAGCCACAGUUGUAUUGUGUCAGUCUCUGAGGUGUACAUCAAGGUCAUCAGGGGACACACUUCCGAAACUUAACAGAGUAUGGAAGCAGUUUACGAUAACCUCAGAAGAGAGGGUUCACCGGCUGGAAAUGGCACUCGCUUUUCACUCUAACGCUGAAAAGAUCUUACAAGAAAGUCAGACCUUCCCGAAUCAGUGCUGGAUUUUGAACAAUUUGAUGAAGUUGAAGCUGUUGGGAAAUCGUUGCUGGACAGAUUAACAGUGCCUGUAAUUUAUCCUGAUGGGUAUGCCAUUUUUU